AUGGCUUCCACGCAUCAAGUGGGCCAAAGACUCUCCUUCGAUGGCGCCCUCUGCACCAUCAGGUUCAUAGGCGAUGUCGCCGGCACAUCGGGAACCUGGCUAGGCGUCGAGUGGGACGAUCCCUCGCGGGGCAAGCACGACGGUUGCCACAAGGGCGUUCGCUACUUCACCUGCCUGUCGCGAUCGCCCACCGCCGCCUCCUUUGUGCGCCCGACGAGGCCAUCCGACCCGCCUAGGUCGUUUGUCGACGCGGUCCGCGACAAGUACGCCGAUGAACCUGAAGGCGACGCGGCUUCGCGGCCCAAGGAGAUUGUGAUCUCGGGCAAGGUGGCCGAGGAGGUCGGCUUUGACAAGAUCCGCCGCCGAAUGGCUCAGCUGCACGAGUUGACCAUUGUCAUUGUGGACGGCGCCCGCAUCGCUUUCGUGUGCUCGCCACACGGCAGCAGUGACCAUGAAUCUUCUGUCAAGGAAACCUGCCCGCGAAUCGUAGAGUUAGAUAUCAGCCGAAACUUGAUAUCUGACAUAUCUGUCGUCGUCGAGAUCUGCUCUCAGCUCUCCGAUUUGCGGAGUUUGAGGCUGAAUGGAAACAGAUUUUGGAACGUGCUCGACAAAAGCCCACGGCUUGCGUCUGCUCGGGAGGUGCUCAGUAACAUCACAGAGCUAGCUAUAGAUGAAACCCUUCUUUCUUGGGAAGAAAUAUGUCAAAUCACUUCCUGCUUCGGCUCUUUACAAAAACUGAGUUGCGACCUCAACCAAAUUUCAUCAAUACCAGCACCUUUUCCGGCAACGCUGUCCAAGACGCUCACCACCCUUAGCCUCGAGUUUAAUGACUUCAGCUCCCUGUCAGAUCUCGCCCCGCUGUCAACACUCACGUCCCUGCGCAAUUUGAUCCUCAAAGGGAACAACAUAGCAACGGCAUCAAAAGAUGACACCACCCCGGGCCCUGUGUUCAGUUCCAGUAUCUACCACCUCGACAUAUCAUACAACCGCAUAACAACCUGGAAAUUCGUAGAUGCCUUACCCGACAGCUUUCCGGGCCUGCGUUCCCUCCGACUUGCCCACAACCCCGUCUACGAGAACCCCACUUCAGUCUCUCAGGACGUAGGAGGGACGGCAUCAUCACAAACCCAACCUGGCGAUUCUACCACCGCCACCACAGCCCCCAAGCGGAGCGUCAGCGAGGACCCAUACAUGAUCACCAUUGCCCGCGUCGCCUGCCUGGAGCACCUCAACUUCAGCGCCAUCACGCCAGCGGAGCGUACCGACGCCGAGAUGUUCUACCUCUCCCGCAUCGCGCGCCAGCUCGCCACCGUGCCCGAGGGAUCUGAGGAUCCCAUACUAGCACAGCACAGGCGCUACGCUGAGCUAUGCGAGCUCUACGGUGAGCCGGCCGUUAUGCGGCAGCAGGAGAUCAGCCACUCGUUUCUCGAGGGGCGGCUUAUCAAGGUCGAUUUCCGCAUACAGGGGAGCUCCGGGACAGCUCCGGAUGGUGUGGACGUUGCUGCCGCGGAGUUGGUGAAAAAGGCGGAGAUCCCACGUGCCCUGGACAUGUAUGCCGUCAAGGGCAUCGCUGGGAGGCUGUUUGGCAUUUCUCCCUUGGAGCUGCGGCUCGUGUGGGAGACUGGCGAGUGGGAUCCCGUCGCUGGGUUCGAUGAGGAUGAUGACGAGGACAGUAGUCCCGAUGAUGGAGGUGCGGGUCCUGAUACGGGGCCUACAGCGGCAGAAGGAGGCAACCAAAAACAUGGGCGUCUGGUACGGAGGCAGGUGGAACUUGUCGACAGUCCGCGUCAGUUUGGGUACUGCAUUGAUGGGAACGAAGCCAAGAUCAGAGUUGAGAGGAUAUCUGCUUGA